AUGAGCGAGAAUGCAAGCCCAUCAAUGCAACUUACAAGAGAACAGGCGCAAGUCGUCGUCGCCGUGGAGCGGGCCGGCGCAUCAUUGUCCAUGCUGGGUGUCGUGCUGAUUAUUGUUACCUUUGCGUCUUUCAAACGCCUGCGCAACGUGCCUAACACCUUUAUUCUUUUCGCCUCCAUCGCUAACAUUGGUGCCAGCAUUGCCAGCCUCAUCGGCCUGGCAGGAAUCGCACAAGGCAGCGAAAGUGCGCUGUGCCGAGCGCAAGCAUUUUUGCUGGAGAUGUUUAUGCAGUCUGACCCUUGGUGGUCAUUUGCCAUGGCUUUCAACGUCUUCCUCGUCUUUUUCUUCUCGGCCAGCCCGACAACCUUCCGACGCCACCUGUGGGUAUACUGUUUGGUGUGCUUUGGGCUGCCAAUGAUCCCGGCUAUUGUUUGCCUGUACAUCAAGACCAAGAAACGGGGCCCGGUCUAUGGCGAUGCGACGCUCUGGUGCUGGAUCGGCGACGAGUGGAACUCGCUUCGCAUCUUCACAUACUACAUUCCCAUAUGGGUGUGCAUCUUCUUCUCGGCCGUCAUCUACGUCGCCGUCGGCUACUACGUUUUCCACCAGCGCAACCAGCUGCGCAAUCUCAGUCUUAGCAACCCGGCCAAGGAAGCGUCAAGCUCCGAGAAUCUGACCGGUGGCCAGCCCGGAUUCUACGGCACCGUCACCACAGAAGUGCAGAUCACUAGUGAUGUCUGCGACUCUACGCUCUCCGGAAAUCGCACGCCACCAUUGACCCCCAUCGGCUCUCCUGCUCAGUGUCCUUGGGGUGACGGGCCCUUCCCCCAGAUUGCCACCAAUAUCCACCCUCAGCGCUUUCAGAACGCGCUCAAGCGGCCACUUUUAGACGAAGAGAUGGGUGCUAUACCGUAUUCUUCGUCCUCUUCGUCCCCACCGCCACCACCACCACCCCUGCUCUCCAAUCAUGGCUCCCGAGGCUCUGCAAUUAAUGAAUACCCCAUGGCAACGACAACCCAUCAAACCAAGGCCUCUAUCCGGUAUGUCAACAAUGCCGUCAUCUCAUCCAGCAACGUCACCCCAAGCCAUCGUCGACCCCAGCUGUCUCACUUUUCUGUCGGCGACCGUUUCUCUCGCGCUUGGCAUCGAACAUGGCGCCGUAUGUCUAGCAAGUUGCGCCACAUGGACCCUAUCAAGUUAGCAUACCUGCGUACGUCGUUUGUCUUUGCCAUCUCUGUGCUUGUCACAUGGACGCCCAGCUCCAUCAAUCGCAUCUACGCUUUGUUGUAUCCAACCCGCGUCAGUUACGGUCUUAAUAUUGCCAGCGCUACCGUUCUCCCCUUGCAGGGUGUCUGGAACGCCGUCAUCUACUUCACCACCAGUUGGGUACUGCUGCGUGAGGAGGUGCGACGGCUAGGUUACCGGUCGCGCUGGUUCCGGCGGCUGGCUGUAAAAUUGGGCAUGGGUGCCAUUGUGGGCGUGGAUGGUAUUGCAAGCACGAGUGCUAGUGCUGGUUUUGGUGCAGGUGGAAGUAUGCGUCUGAGAAUUAGCCGUGGACGUGUAUACCCUGGAAACAGCCCUGGUCGCCCCUCUGCCGGUGGCAGCAGCAACUUGGGUGUUGUCGGUAGUGGCGACGGGGCAGGUCCAUCACGAGGCAGUCUUGCGGGGACGGGGAAGCCCGGUGGCGGUGGUGUUGAUAUGAGGCAGUGCAGCCGUACAAAGCUGGACUCGGACUGUUUUGACGACGAUAGCCGUGAUGCCUCUCGUGACGCGAGCAGAGACCACGAUGACAGCAACGGUAAUGACGAUAACUAUGGUGACAACUAUCAUGAUGACGACACCGACGAUGACAGCAUCACCGAUCAUAUGGGCAGGAGUAGACGCCGGCUUCGGCAGGGUACGAGUGUGAGCGCCAGUGCCAGCACUAGCACGGAGCCCGGGUUGGGAACGAGGGGGCCGCCAGGCAUCGGCACAAUGCGGGUGCAAAAAGGCGGCCAGCUGGACACAUAG